AUGAACUUCUUGAGGUCCUGUUUUCGGCCGAGGUCGAAUCGAUAUGUUCAUACCGGUGCAGAUUCGGGGGGUCGUCAAGACGGGCUGCUGUGGUACAAAGACACAGGCCAGCACAUAAAUGGUGAUUUUUCAAUGGCUGUAGUUCAGGCCAAUAAUUUACUUGAGGAUCAGAGUCAGCUUGAGUCGGGCAGUUUGAGCACGCAGGAAUCUGGCCCCUAUGGUACUUUUAUUGGUGUUUAUGACGGGCAUGGUGGACCAGAGACGUCACGCUAUAUCAAUGAACACCUCUUUCAGCAUCUCAAGCGAUUUAGUUCGGAGCAGCAGUCCAUGUCUGUGGAUGUAAUACGAAAAGCAUUUCAAGCAACAGAAGAGGGUUUUCUUUCCGUAGUUACCAGGCAGUGGCCUAUGAAACCGCAGAUUGCAGCAGUAGGGUCGUGCUGCCUUAUUGGUGUUAUUUGUGGUGGAACUCUUUAUAUCGCUAACCUUGGUGAUUCCCGUGCUGUUUUGGGAAGAGUUGUGAAGGCAACAGGGGAAGUGCUCUCUAUUCAGUUGUCACAAGAGCACAAUGCAUGUAUAGAAUCUGUGAGACAGGAGCUGCAGUCUUUGCACCCUGAUGAUCCACAUAUUGUAGUUUUGAAGCAUAAUGUAUGGCGUGUAAAGGGCCUAAUACAGAUUUCUAGGUCCAUUGGCGAUGUGUAUUUAAAAAAGGCUGAAUUUAACAGGGAGCCUUUGUAUUCCAAGUUUCGUCUUCGGGACCCUAUCAAAAGACCGAUACUGAGCGCUGAUCCUGCAAUUUCAGCGAUUCAAUUGCAGCCGCAUGAUCAGUUUAUCAUCUUUGCAUCCGAUGGGCUCUGGGAACACCUCAGCAAUCAGGAAGCAGUGGACAUAGUUCAAAAUCAUCCACGAAGUGGAAGUGCAAAGAGGCUGGUGAAAACUGCCCUGCAAGAAGCAGCAAAAAAGAGAGAAAUGAGGUAUUCAGACCUGAAGAAGAUUGACCGUGGGGUUCGCCGCCAUUUCCACGAUGACAUAACUGUGAUUGUUGUGUUUCUUGACUCAAACCUUGUGAGCAAGGCUACUUCGGGGAAGUGCCCAAAUAUAUCAGUGAGAGGGGGUGGAAUCAACCUGCCUCCUAAUUCUCUGGCUCCUUAUGCUACAGCGACGGAAGCUGGCAAUACCUGA